AUGGUGAGAAUAAUAAAGGAAAUUAAAAAUCUAUAUAUUUCCAAUUUAAGAUAUUUACCAAGACGCUCAUACAGUUCUCACAAUGAUACUAAGUUAAUAGACGUCAGUAAAAUAAGGAAUUUUAGUAUAGUAGCACAUGUUGAUCAUGGGAAAAGUACCUUAGCAGAUCGAUUACUUGAAAUAACGGGAGUAAUAAAACCGGGAAAUGAAAAUAAACAAGUGCUAGAUAAACUACAGGUGGAAAGAGAGAGAGGCAUAACAGUCAAGGCUGUUACAGCAUCUCUAAACUAUACAUAUAAUAAUGAACAAUAUCUUUUAAAUUUAAUAGACACCCCGGGACAUGUUGAUUUCUCAAAUGAGGUAGUCCGCAGUGUAAGAGCAUGUCAGGGUGUAAUCUUCUUAGUUGAUGCCAAUGAGGGCAUACAAGCUCAAACAGUUGCUGUACACUCAUUAGCAAAGAGAAAUAAUCUAGUUAUAAUACCUACAUUGAACAAAGUGGAUUUACCUCGAGCUAAUCCAGAAAAUGUUAAAGCUCAAUUAAAAUCAUUGUUCCAUAUAGAACCAGACACAGUUUUGAGUAUAUCUGCUAAGAAGGGAUGGGGUGUGCCGGAAUUGAUAGAAGCUGUUAUAUCAAGAAUACCAGCUCCAACGGUAGAAGUUAAUAAGCCAUUUAGAGCCUCGAUAAUAGACACAUGGCAUGAUAAAUUUAGAGGGAUUAUGUGUUUGGCUUAUAUAGAGUCAGGGUCAGUGGAAGUUGGUGAAAAUGUAAGAUGGAGAUCUGACAGCAAACAGCAUGUCCUUAAAUACUUAGCGUUGUUGCGUCCUCAUGAAGAACCAAUAAAAAAGGCUGUAGCCGGGCAAGUUGUGAUGGUAGGUUGUGGUCCAAAAGGAGGUGGAUGUGUUGGUGAUGAAUUACUGUCCUUUGAAUCAGCAGAUGGUAUUAAAGUGGCUUCAGCGCCAGCGGUCAAACACAUGGUGUAUGCUGGAAUCUUUCCUUCCGAUCAGUCGCAACAUACACAGCUAAGUGAUGCUAUAAGGAAGCUGGCAUUAAAUGAUUCCGCUGUUAGUGUAACUGUGGAUUCCAGCCCAGCUUUAGGUCAGGGAUGGCGUGUAGGCUUUCUUGGUCUCUUGCAUCUUGAUGUGUUUACCCAAAGACUUCUGCAGGAACAUAAGGCUGAGGCUAUAUUGACAGCGCCAUCUGUGCCAUAUAAAAUAAAAGUUAAAGGAAGUAAAGCAAUAAAACAGUUCAAAGGAGAGGAAGCAAUAAUUACUAAUCCGUUACAACUUCCAGAUUCACAGAAUAUAGAAGAAUAUUAUGAACCCUUUGUUAUAGGUACAAUAAUAACUCCUGUAGAAUACAUAGGAGCUGUUACAACACUAUGUGUGGACAGACGUGGUACACCACUGCCAUCUAGCGCUGUUGACGAUAAAAUGACGAUGAUGCAAUUCAUUUUGCCGCUAUCGGAAGUCGUCAUUGACUUCCAUGACACUUUAAAAAGUUUGACUUCCGGUUUUGCAAGUUUUGAUUACCAGGAUCAUGGUUUUCAUCCAAGUUCUCUCGUCAGGAUGGAUGUUUUAAUUAACGGGCUACUAGUCGAAGAGUUGACUACUAUAGUACAUACAAGUAGAUUGGAAUACAACGCAAGGAAAUUAACAACAAAACUCAAAGAAAUGAUUCCGCGUCAAAUGGUUCAGGUUGCCAUACAAGCCGUUGUUGGAGGUAAAGUUUUAUCACGGGAAACUAUAAAAGCGUACAGAAAAGAUGUCACUGCUAAAUUGUAUGGUGGCGACGUCACAAGAAGAAAGAAGCUGUUGAAACAGCAAUCUGAAGGAAAGAAGAAAAUGCGAAGUAUUGCAAACAUAAAAAUUCCAAGAAAUACUUUUAUAGAUGUAUUAAAAAGGUAG